AUGACACGUUCACUAAAAAAAAACCCUUUUGUAGCUAAUCAUUUAUCGGCAAAAAUUGAAAAACUCAACACGAGGGAAGAGAAAGAAAUAAUAGUAACUUGGUCUCGGGCAUCUACUAUUAUACCCACAAUGAUUGGCCAUACAAUCGCUAUUCAUAAUGGAAAGGAACAUUUACCUAUUUAUAUAACGGAUCGUAUGGUGGGUCACAAAUUGGGAGAAUUUGCACCUACUCUGUCUUUUACGAGACACGCAAGAAACGAUAAUAAAUCUCGUCGUUAA